AUGGUCAGGAAGGUGAACGUGGCCCAAGGUGGACGCCGCGGUUGGCUCUGGGUGGGCGUGGUGGCGCUGGUGCUUGCUGCGGCGCUGGGUUGGGUGGCCACCCCGCCGCAGGACAUCGUCCCCAGGACUCACCCCAUCGACCCCUCCACUACAGUGAUCGACAACGGGUUCUACGACACGGAGGACUUUGCCUACAACUGGUGGGCUGAGGGCGGAUGGGCUGCCCCGCUGCUUGCCAUGAACGACGCUCGGGUGCCCUACUUCGACCGCGCCUUCCACCACCUCAACACCUACACUGAGGCUAGCCAGCAGCUCUUCCUCGACAUUGGGUGCGGAGGCGGGCUGGCUACCGAGGCGAUGGCCAGACACGGUCACCACAUGAUCGGUCUCGAUAUCUCCCCGCGCUCCAUCGAGACGGCCCGGAGGCACGCCCAGGAAGAGGGUGUUAGCAACGUUGAGUACGUCGUGGGAUCGGCCCUGGAGCUGCCCUUCCCCGAUCACCACUUCGACGGCGUGGUCAUGUCGGACGUCAUCGAACACAUCCACGACCUCCCGGCUCUGGUCAAGGAGAUCAACCGCGUGCUCAAGCCUGGCGGGGUGUUCACGUUUGACACUAUCAACCGGACGUGGAAGAGCUACAUCCUCAACCGCAUCCUGCAGAGCUCGAUCCUGAUGUCCAUCAUGCCUCCGCACACCCACGACUACCGCCUCUUCACCACCCCUGCCGAGCUCACCGAGCUGCUGGCGCCGGCGAUGGACGUGAAAGAGAUCGUAGGCCUCGAACCGGUGGUGGAGCCCAGCCGCCUCUUCCAGCGAGGCAAGCCGGUAGACAUGGUCACCACCUUCCGCCAGACAGAUGACACCGAUCUGAGCUAUCUCGGCUACGCCGUCAAGGCCAAAUAG